UGACCUACAGCUCAUUCCAGAGAUAGUGGGGGACAGAGCGCUCACUAUUAUUACACCAGAGCUGCAGAGAGUGCGGACGAUGUCUUGCAACACCACCAGAGGACUCUGAACAGAUUUUUGGGAUAUUGUCUAUAUAACUAUCACUAAAGGACGUGACAAGAUAUCACAUUUGGGAAAACAGCUGAGUGACAAUGCCAGAGGAGAAAGUGUUUCAGCAGCAGGCUGUCCACAGCCCUCUGGAGCAGCAGAAGCAGAAAGCAAAUCAGGGCGGAGGAAGACCUAUCCCCUGUCAGAACUGUGGGAAGCCAUGCAAAGGGGAGGCUCUCCGCGUCCAGAACAAACACUUCCACAUCAAGUGCUUCGCUUGUAAAGUAUGUGGAACUGAACUGGCCCAGGGAGGUUUCUUUGUGCGGCAGGGUGAAUACAUCUGUACUCUGGACUACCAGCGGCUGUACGGGACUCGCUGCUUCAGCUGCCAGGACUUCAUAGAGGGGGAGGUGGUGUCGGCCCUGGGGAAGACCUACCACCCCCGCUGCUUCGUCUGCGCCUCCUGCAAACAACCUUUCCCAGCCGGCGACCGGGUGACAUUUAAUGGGAAGGAGUGUAUCUGCCAAAAAUGUACCCAGCCUCUCCCUGCCAACAGCCCUGCACCCAUACAGGCUGUCCACAACUGCUGCGGCUGUGGGAAGGAGUUUAAGAAUGAACAGUCUCUUGUAGCGCUGGACAAGCACUGGCACCUGGGCUGCUUCAAAUGUAAAGUCUGCAACAAGGUGCUCAAUGCCGAGUACAUCAGCAAGGAUGGAAUCCCCUACUGUGAGAUGGACUACCACGCCAUGUUCGGCAUCCAGUGUGAGAGUUGUGAAAAACUCUGUCACUACCUUGUUAGCCGGUUCCUGAAGGCUGGAGAGAAGCACUACCACCCUGCAUGUGCCCGCUGUGCCCGCUGUGAGCAGAUGUUUGCAGAGGGAGAAGAAAUGUACCUGCAAGGAUCUACCAUCUGGCAUCCUCCAUGCAGACAAGCAGCCAAGCUGGAGGAGAAGAGUAAGGUGACCCGGACUUCAUCUGAGAGCAUUACUUCAGUCCCAGCAUCCAGCGCCUCAGGCUCUCCCAGCAGAGUCAUCUAUGCCAAACUAGGAGAGGAAAUGCUGGACUACAAGGACCUGGCGGCUCUUCCAAAGACCAAGGCCAUCUAUAACAUAGACAGGCCGGACAUGCUGUCCUACUCUCCAUAUGUCAGCUACCCGUCUGAGGAAAGGCACUAUGGAGAGACCCCCCAGCUGCUUUCUCCUACUCCUACUGAGGGCGAUGGGGAGAAGUCCCCCCGUCAGAGGAGGCCUUCCAGCCCCAGCUCCAACAGCUCCCUGGGGGGCUACGGACGGUACACCCCGUGUCGUUCCCCCACCAAUUACAGCCGACCAGGGCCAGAGGUGUACCUUGGUGGUAGACACAGCACCCAGGCCUGUGACUCCAGUUCUCUUGAUUUGCCUCCAAACCUCCUGGGUGCCAUUAAGUACCCCUCCACCUGGGCCAGGGACUCAUCUUCCCUCCCUGUGCACUGUUCUACUGGGGCUGAAGGGAGUGGUGGUGGUGGUGGCAAGUUCUCGCCCACACCAGUAGGUGGCAGUGCAGGCUUGUCUUUUCACCUGAACCCGACCACCCUGGCCAUGCUGCAGCAGCACAACUACAUCCCUUACUUCAGAGGAAGUGAAAGUGGUCGGAGUACCCCCAGCUUAUCCACCUAUUCUGAUGGCAAAUCCCCUUCCUCUACUUCUACAUAUGUGGCUGCUCCCCGGCAUUUCCACGUACCAGAGACUCUGGUCAAAGAUAAUCUUUAUAGAAAACCCCCCAUCUACAAACAGCAUGCUUCUAGAACAUCCUGGCAGGAUGGGGAGGAUGGCAAGAGGACCAGUUGGAUGAUCUUGAAGAGUGAGAUUGAUGGACAGAUUGGUCCUGAAGACCUGGACCCCCGCAAAUCGACCUGCAGUCUGCCCACUGACACCUCCCAGCCUAAUUUCCCCUACAAUAAGUCUGCAUCCUUACCCGGCUAUGGAAGGAACGGCAUCUACAAGGCUGCUGAGAUGGUGGAGGAUGAAGUGGACCCACACUCUGAGAGCUGGGGAGUCAUGAGAGAAUACAAGAUCUACCCUUAUGAGAUUCUGGCAGUGACGCAUAGAGUGAAGGUGAAGCUUCCCAGAGAAGUAGAUCGCACCCGACUGGAGAGACACCUAUCUCCUGAGGACUUCCAGCAGGUUUUCGGCAUGACCCUGGAGCAGUUUGACCGCCUGGCCCUCUGGAAGAAGAACGACCUGAAGAAGAGGGCACGCCUUUUUUAGACCGAAGGAAAAUGAUCUCAACAUGCAUGCAUCCAGUGUGGGAGGAAGCACAAAAGAAAGCCAACCCAUUUGAAAUCUCUACAUACAGUAUGCACCGCCAUGAUAGCCCUACUUCCACCUGUAAACCGCCAUCUGCCUGUGACGCCGCGGGGAGGCGCUCCGUGCCCGAACAUUUCCACGAUGUUGAGGCAGCAACUAGAGCUUUUUGUAUGCUAUGUGGUGCCAAUGUUUGAUCGACAGCCUCGCAGAAGAGGGCGAGGAGCUGCGUUUGCAUGGCCUGUGUUGAUGCUCCUCGCCUCCCGUGUGGUUUCUGCGUCCUCCCCGGCCCAUCUGGAUGCUUUCAUACACCCUGGCAAAAUAAUGACUUACACAUUACAAACUAGUUCUCAUGCAGGCCUUCCCCCUGGUUGCUGUGGUCCAGACUGUUACAUACACACCUUCUUUUACUUCACCUUACCACUGGUUUCUUUUAUUUUUUUAAACUGUUUUUUUUUUUUAUUCAACACACAAUACAGAGAUACAAUACAGAGAAUAUACAACUUGGAGGAGAUGCUUACACCUUACCGGUUUCUAUCUUGAGUUUUUCAUCAGUAACUCGUUUGUUUUUCAUUGUCUAAUCUGUCUCUACACAUCAUUUGUUUGCUGCUCUGCCUUUUCUCUCUCGCUGUCUCUCCAUCGUUUUAAGUUUUCUCCCUCCACUGAGUGACUUUUACAUUGUCGAGGCAGUCCAUUUUUACACCCGCCAUUACUUCAUGGACGGUGAAGAGACUGCACAGUCACUGUGCAAGCAUGUCAAGGCCAAAGACGGGGAUAAGAAACGACUCCAACUUCUGGGAUCUCUUUCUUCAAAAACUGUCAAAAGCCCCUUGUCAUACACUUUUGUUUUCAAUUUUCCUUCAUGUUUUUUUUUCUAUCAGUGAAGUUGAGAAAGUCUGGCCGGGUAGUUUCGAUGUGCCGUCCCAUUUCUUAUAUAAACAUCUGGUAAAUCAGCACGGAUAGCGGAGCCCAGGCUGGAAAGAGGCCACAAUAUGGCAGUGAAUCACAGAUGGGGGGGGGGGGACAUAACAUACAGUACAGUACAGUUUCAGGGCUUCAGGGUGUGUAAAGGUGUCAAACGUGCAGGAUUGCCAGAGACGCGUGCCCUCACAUCACACAAACAAUUGAAAUUAUUUUUAUAAGCUAUUUUUGACUUGUCAUUAAAUCAUGAGAUGCAGCUGAGAGAAAUCAUGAUUUUGUUACCAGAAAAAAAAAAGCCCAUGCUGACUUUGUUAAGCUUCACAGACCUGCAGCAGCACUUACGCAUAACAAGUGGGGUCUUGCUUGAUUUGAAACCCAAUACUCUAGCUGUGUUAUAUCUUCUCAGAUAAAGAUUUAACUCUUUGGAUGUAUGUUGUUUGCGAGCAUUGUUGCGUACAGUAAAAGCUCCACAUUUAAGCUGAAGUCCAGCAGCUUUGCUUGAUGAUUUCUGAACCGUAAAUCGAUCAACGCGCCAACUUACAUACUGCAAGAUGUAUGUGAACAUAUAGUGGACAUAUACCAGAUAUAUUUGUCUGUGUACAAGCCAUUAUGUAUAACUCUUCAGCCAUGCAUGAGGAUAGGUAAUGGGGUUUGAAAUGUAUGAAAACAUUAUCAUCAAUGUGGUUUGAGUGAUUCGUUAUUUUCUGGUUAAACUGAAAUGCCCGGGUCAGCUGCUUACAUUAGGCUGUGUUAGGUAUUUAUUUAAUUGUAUUGAGAAAGGGAUUUUAUUUUGAAAUCUUAAGGGUGUAGUGUUGAAUGAAUAGCAUCAGAGAAGAGAGAUUUUUGAAGAGAAACAUAUCAAAUGUUGAGUUUAAUCUGAGUGUCAAAUCAAUGUUGCUCCUGUAAGUAACACACUAACUGUUGUUAUAAAGCGUCAUGUCCUUUCUAAUAUUCAUCUGCUAUUAAAGUGCUUUAUCCAAACUA